ACUCUUUAUUCCAAUGACCCCUUGUUUGUUACUAAUUCAUUGUUUUGUUGUACAGUGCUUUGCCCUCAAGGAGCUCUAUACAAAUAAAUACAUACAUACAAGAGAACAGCAGAGAAUUCAAUCACAUGUAGUUCUAGUGAGUAUCCAAGGCAACAAGCCCCUCCCCUUCCUCGCAGUUUCCCAUUCAUCCCCGUGGCGUGAGACACAGGCGGAAGCAGUUGGACUGCAAUCCCCAGCGGCCCCGGUUGUGUAAUGAGUCACGUGACAGAGGCGGCAGCAGUUGUACUACAGUCCGCAGGGACCCCCCUUGUGUAAAUGAGUCACGUGACUCAGGAAGCAGCAGUUAAACUACAGUACCCAGAAGUCCCGGGUUAAAGUCACGUGACAAAAACGCCGGACACGUGCUGCGUGACAGGAACAGGAGGCGGGGCUCAGAUGGGGACACGAGUCCGGGCGCUGCUGGGGAAGCUACUGGUUCGGGCUAUGGGGGAAGCUGCAGGUGGGAGCGGGGGACAGGAGGCCGCUAUAAAUCGGGCAGUGGUACGAGCUGUCCCCGAGGAGCCGAAGCUGAGCAUCUCCCUGGAGGUCGGUGGGAGCCGGCGGAACCUGCAGCGGGAGCAGAAGGAGCCCCUGGGCCGGGCAUUAGCGCGUCUCGCCGCCUCUGCAGCCAAAGGUCAGGGCAAAGGCAAGAGAGGCCGGAAGGAGGCGCAGGAGGAGCGGGUCCCCGUGUGUCUCAGUUAUGAGGGGCGGGAGGUGCCGGAGGAGGAGCCCAAUGGAUCAGCCUGGCGGGAGGGCUCGGUGCUGAGUGUGGGUUCGGCCCGGUACCUGGUGGAGCGGAAUCCCCCGGCAGUUUUGGAGCUGGAGCUUCCCCGGGUGGUUCUGGUUGGUGCCCCGCUCUGUCCCCGGCUGCGCUUGGAGUUCGGCCGGCCGGACACGUCCCGGUUCGAGUGGUCGAGGCGGAAGGAGCGGGACUGGGAGCAGGUCGGUACCGGGCGGGUGUUCACUCCGGGGGAGGCGGAACUGGGUCACGGCCUGAAGGUGCGGGCGGUGCCGGGAGACGGAGAACGUUGGGGCCUCGCGGUGGAGGCGGAAGUGGAGGGUCUGGUGGAGGCGGGGCCGGGACAUUACCUGUGUGACGCGCGCUUACGUCAGACUGAGUCACGUGCGGGGGCGGGGACAUUCCGGACAGUGUCCUACAACAUUCUGGCCGAUGUCUAUGCGCGGACCGAGCUCUCCCGGGAUGUUCUCUACCCCUACUGCCCCGCCCGGGCCCUGGGAGCCCAAUACCGACACAACCUGCUGCGGAGGGAACUGAGCGGGUACCGGGCCGAUGUGCUGUGUCUGCAGGAGGCGGAGAGGGACGUGUUUAAGGGGGCGCUGGGGCCGGUGCUGGAGGAGCUGGGGAUGGAGGGUCGUUACCUGGAGAAGCAGCGACAACACGAGGGACUCGCCACCUUCUACAGCCGCGACCGCUUCCGCCUGUUGGGCCAACACGACAUCUCCCUGUCCGAGGGGCUUCUGAGCGACCCCCGACUCUCCGACCUGCGCGAGCGACUGUCGCUUUACAGAGAGGCCCGAGAGAAGCUUCUGAAGAGAUCGUCAGUCUUACAGGUCCUGGUCCUUGAGUCUAUAGAGGAUCCUUCUAGAAGAAUCUGUGUGGCCAAUACUCACCUGUAUUUCCAUCCGAAAGGAGGCAACAUUCGACUCCUCCAAGUGGCCGUGGCUCUGGCGCAUCUUGGGCACGUGGCCAAUGAGCUGUACGGGGGGAUCCCGGUGGUGUUUUGUGGAGAUUUUAACAGCCUGCCCGACACGGGGCUGCACCGCUUUAUCAAGGGCGGGGCUGUGGGCGAGGAUGAUGAAGACUGGACGUCCAAUGGGGAGGAGGAACGGUGCAACAUGGCGCUUACCCACCCGUUCAAACUCACCAGCGCUUGUGGGGAACCCGCGUACACCAACUACAUCGGUGAGUUCCACGGCUGCCUGGACUAUAUAUUCAUUGACUCCGCCCGUUUAGCGGUGGAACGGAUCAUUCCACUUCCCACUCACCAGGAAGUCACCAAGUAUCGGGCUCUGCCGAGCAUUGAGCACCCGUCAGAUCACAUGGCGCUUGUGUGUGACUUAAAGUGGACGUAGAACGGGGAUUAGACCAAGGCUGUUAUAUGGACCCCCCAAACCAGCAGCCAGUCCUGUUUGUUAUAUCAGAACCCCUGAAUAAAUCCAUCCCAUAAUAA